AUGGACCCGAUGAGCAUCACCGGGACUAUCCUCGCUAUCGUUCACCUCACUGACAUAUGCCUGGAGAAGGGUAACCAACAUCUCGGUCCUUCUCGCCACACACCCGCUACACUCCUUAGCCUCGCGCAAGAGCUUUACUGCUUCUACGGUGCUAUACAGAGUCUUAAGACCAACAUCACGAUAAAUGAACACGAUACAAUCCGACUCACCUCGCUGGAGUGUCUGGAAGGACCACUUUCGGACUGCAAAUUUGCUUUGUGCCUCGUGGAAAAGCGGCUGAACACCGAUACAUUCUGUCAGCGAAAGCUCAUCGGGAAGCACUGCGACAAGAACCUGGAUGAUGCCGUCAACGUACUGAGAAAAGGUCGUGGUUUGUUCGAGGCUGUCUUAUUAGCAGACCAAAGGACCAUCACCACUGCUAUCGAGAGAUACACCAUCAAUAUAGCUGAAGACCUCAGAGAUAUUAAAAACAAGCUUGAAGAUGAUGGAGAGCACUUGCGAAGCCUCACUAAACAGCUCACUCUUCGCCUAGAAGCGGCUAACGAACGGGACAAUGAGAUGCUAUCAACGCUACUGGGGAUUGAUGACAAGUUAAUGAGAGAGCGUGAGGAUAGGCGAGGGAAGACCCGGAGACAGAGAUGGUUGGGAUGGGUUGCCAUCGCCGGCCAAUCGGCUUUUCAGAUCGCGAUUCAGCUCGCGUUGACCAGCCUGCUUACAAGGAGGAACAAGAUGUAA